AUGAGUUGCGAAGACGUGAUGCCACCGCUCUUUGCGAUGGCUGUGCGCUACCUAGCUGGUGAUUACGUAACGACACCCUACGGACCAGGAAAAGUGAUAAGCUGCAGCGAUCGCAACAUGCACGUGGAGGUGUCGCUAGCGGGGGGUGUUGUACUUUACGCAAGAAAAGGCUGUCUCUUUCCACAACUGCGCAUGCUGCAGUGUGGAGAAAUCCCACGACAUACAAAUGUGAUAAUCUUGGCGGCUUUGAAGCAGCGGAAAGGAGUCGUUCUUGAUUACAACGUGUCGCUUCAGAAGUAUCAGGUGCAGCUUGAAAACGGCGAGUCCGAUAAUGACGAUGAUCAGGAGGAAAUUAGAGGAUUCCAACACACAAUACUUCUCCCGACAGAAAAAUUACGAUUAGCUGAAAAGACACGGGUCCGGACGAGCUUUGGGCUGGGAACAAUUACCGUUUAUCAGAACUUGAAUGAUUCGUAUGCAGUGCAAUUGGAUAGUGGCAAUGUUGGCUAUUUCCAGGCCGAGAACGUCUCAUGUGUUGAUCUUAGGUUACUUGCUAAGAUUCCAAAACCAUUAUCUGCGCAUAGAAUAUAUGAAGAUUUUCAAGGACGGAUCUCACGAGACGAUGCGCAGAUGCUCAGUUUUAAGGCUAACGAGAUGUAUGGAAAAGUUCAAAGCUUCUGCGAGCAGCACGCUGAGGCUAUUUCUUUUGUAUCGACAAACGCAGCUUACGGGGACCAGUACAAUAAAGCGAUGGCUGCUUUGCUCGAUCCAGCUUUUGCAGAUGCUACAAAACGACUGAAAAAUGCAAGUACAAAGGAGCUGAAGCGUCUAACAGAAGUAGCAAGCUCUGUUAAAUUGAUGCUGGAGAGCGACUUGCUUGGAGGGAACGACUCUGCUUCUUUUUUUGCAAAAGCGGCUAAUGUCUUGAGUCAGCUCAAAACAAGCGAGGAAUUCAAGGGGUUUCAGUCCAGGCUUCGUGAAAAUGUUAGCGUUGAAUUGACUGUAGCACGAGAGAGAUUGCUAUCGCAAGGUAACAAGUCGUCAUCGAUGCUGCCGUCGCAGGAGGACGAUAAGAUCAUUUUGUCGCAAGUUUUACAGAUACUAGAGGGAAAAUUAGACGCUAAAAGACAGCGCUUUACGGCUCUAAAAGCGUCUCUGGAUUGCCAAACACUGCAGUCGGAAGCUUUGGCGAAGCUGCAAGAGCAUGAAAGUGACCUGAUGAAGGCCCGCGAGACAAUUUCUCACCUCGAGCAUAUUGCUAGCAAAACUUUUGGUGUGAACUCGGUAUUAGAUUUACACCCCAGCGCACUGACUCAAAAGGCUGAAGAAGUAUUACCUCGAAUGUCUUCAAAGAUCGAGACCUUAGUCCAUGCAUCUGAAAAGUAUUGGUUGCAGAUGCAGCAAACUACUCAUGGGCAGACGCUUAUGAAGAAAGCUAAGGCGCUGAUCCAGUCAAUCGAAAAUCCGGACGAGUUCUGUGAUAAUGUGACAAAAGUAAUUGCUGAGGUCAAGCUGGAUAGACUGGCAGAGUGGGGUAAUACGAUGUCUAAGAACCGUGGGAAACGUCAGGAAUUUGUCGACAGAAUGAAAGAUCACUGUUUGGAUUUUCUUACAUCCGUCUUGCCAACAUUGAAAAUCGACACCAUUUCGGGCGUAGAAGACGAUAUCACGUACUCAAUAUCGAAAUUAGAUUUGUCCAAUUUCCGGCUUAAAAAGGAGCGGGUCAAAGUGUGCAUGGGAACUGUCGUAGACGAGGAAUUAUUCAAAGUUCGAGCCACACACCUAACAGCACUUUUAAAGGGUUUUGACUGGACUUUCGAGCAAAACUAUUUUCCUUAUCUUCACGGGGGAGGUGUAGCAGAUGCUGUGCUAAACGGUGGUGUCAUUUCGAUGGGGUUUAAAGCGGAAAAAAAAGUGGCUAAUCAAAGGACUGGAGAAUUCAAGCCAAUUUUGGUGCUUGAUUCGAUAGCGAUUGAGAUUCGUAAAGAGCUGAAGCUCACAGUUCAAGGCAGUUGGUUUAGCGCGGUAUACAAUGUAUUGACCUCGUUGUUUGCUGAAUUAAUUCGGGAAUAUUUGGCCAAGACAAUGGAAACAAAGCUUCUCAAGCAUAUGAUAAAGCUUUUAGGUACGCUAAAUAAGCAAAUGGAUGAAUAUUGGUCGCUAAUUUUCCAGCUAUUGGACAUUCGCUUGGAAGAUUUACCUACAGCAAGCCCGUGGCGUGGUGCAAAGGAAGUUGAAUGUCAGCCGCAAGAGCUCGAAUGCACUUUUGUUGACAAGAACAUCUUGCCUUUUAGAUUUUCAAAGGGUGUGCUUAAUAAGUACAUCUUCGUUUCACGUAUUGACGCGCUGGCUACGAACACGCAAGAGCAAGACGACAAUCGCAACACUCUUUUAACAAAUGAUCUAAAACGCAUUUCUGUGGGCAGUAGCGUGCUGGCGAUAAAUGGCUUGUGCUGCAGCAAGUUAACAGUUGAAGAACUGAAAAGCUUACUGGAAACACUUCCUUUGCCUUUUACGAUGCGCUUUUCCUUGCUUCCAGAAGAUCUUGCCAGAAACCGGCGGCAACAAAUAAGGCCUCAACCUGAGCUCACAACCUUCACGUUUCGCCAAAAUGGACCGUUUGGCUUACGGCUUCGAGCUCGUCCAUUGGCCACUUGUGGCGUAAUAGUUGUGGGGUUCACUUCCUUAAAAGAUGGUAAAAAAUGUCCAGCUGAAGAGAGCGGCAAAGUUCGAAUCGGGCAACUGUUGAUUAAGGUGAACAAAGAAGAUAUGCGCUUUAAGACGCUGUCAGAAGUUCUAUCCGUUCUUCGCGACUUGAUUAGUCGUCCUGUGACGAUGCAGUUUGCCUCAAGUCCCGAUGCCAUUAUCAAGCUGCGUGACUGGCCUCCAUUGAUUGAGAUGGAGGAUGAAUCCUCACUUGAGUGUGACGAAGACGACCCGCCGUCAACUGGUAGAAAUUAUGUCGUGCUAUCUGCUUUUACUCGUGUCCCAUCCUUCGCUCAAAAAUCUCGCACUGUGAAGAAGGGCGAUGUGCUGAUACAAGUGAAUAACAUCUUGCUCACCGGACCAGGCUACACCGGCUUUGUGGACAUCAUGGAGACUCUGCGUAGCAUUGUUAACAAAAAAGAACCUGUUCGAGCUGUGUUUGUAGGUCGAGAAGAUUAUGUCGCGAUACGAAAACGGCUUCUGCAGCAACGUCUUUCUGUCAGCGGAAGUGGUCGGCAUUCUGUUACGAAUAACGACAAAAUUUGUGAAAAAACACCAAAGUCACAUGAUAAGAAUGAUGAUGCUAAAGAUUCUGAUGACGCCGUUUCGUGUGAUGACAGUGUCGACGUUUUGUUAACAAUCCCGACGAGAGAAAUUAUAUUUCCAAAGCCUCCUUUGGGAAUAUUAUUUGGAAAUUGGAAAGACGAAGCUAUCUACAUUCGAGAAUUUAUCUCGAGCCCGGGGCCAGCAGAAAAAACAGGAUUGCUUCGUCUCGGACAUGCGAUACUUCAAGUAUGUGGGCAGAGUGUUCCAAAGGAGGCGACGCCUGAAAUUAUUGAAGAGAUGAUUAUGGACGUGAUGUUAAAGUCCAAGGCAGGGGAUAAGCAGUGUAUUGAUCAGAACAUUACUGCAACUGAUUUAGAGAAUGAAGCCAAGAUGAAAUACACAUUGACAGUUCGGGAUCUCGAGCUGGAGCAAGUGCUGAUGAGGUGUGCAAACUAA